AUGGCGGCGACGGAAGCGGCGAAGAGCAACAACGAAGCCGUUCGGCCAGCCUCCUCAUUUGGCGAGGAAACGACAACGACGAGCGGCGGCGAGGACUACGACAGCCGGCACAGAGCUCGAGGAAUCGAACGAGCCGACGGACCGUGCUCGCCAAAACGAAGUGAAGAAGGAGCCCAGGAGCUGCAUUCGUCAAACAAUCAAAGGAAGGCCGACGUAUUGCGCCCAAUUAAGGAACUUAGGCUACUACUGUUAUUACAGGCCACUCUGUCGGCCUAG